UCAGUUUACCUUCGUAAUGUGGAUUACCAUUUACGUGUUUUUCAUUACAGAUUUAGGUCGGCGAGUGUUGGGUAAAUCUUGUUCCGGAGAUAGUUGUAAUGAAGAUUCGGUAUGUUUGGACUACUGUCAGCAUGAUGGGGAGUGUAAAGUAACAGUUUCCGGAGACACAUGGACCUCCGAGUGCAUAUGUACUGUCGGAUUUACCGGAGAGACGUGUAUCCAAAACAGAUUGACAGAUAUAUGGGAAAUUAAAGUAGCCAACGACGAAACAUUUUCAAUUACCGAGGCUAUGGAGUAUGAAAAACGCGCUGUAGCCAUGAUACAGGACCAUUUAAAACACGACUUUGAAUUAAGACUUUCCGUGGUAUCUCUCAAUAAUGUUCUGGACUUAGUUGCCACGGGUGUAGAAAAGGAAAUGAAAGACAAUGACGACCUUUUCCCAUUUGUUGAUGAUUAUGCUAACGCUCUUUCAUUUGUGAUUACCAUUCUACAAAGAAAAGGAUGUGCUAUUGGGCAAAGUCAAAACUGUUCCAUUAGUCCUCUGUUGUUUGAAACAACUUUAAAAACGGCAGAAGAUAAUCUUAUACGAAUAACAAACCUUUGGCUUGAAACUGAUGGCGGGCGUGGUCAACAGAGAACUAUUGACAAAAGGGACAUUCUUUCACUGACUGUUCUAAAAGAUAAAGGGAAAAACUUGCCAUUUGACUUCACAACAAAGUAUGGAUAUCUGAAGUUGCCAUACUUUGAAACCUUUCAAGACAGUCUUGGAAAUAAGAUUGUCGCCAUUAACGUACUGACAUACAUCAAAAGCCCCUAUAACUACGUGAAUAACACACAAGCCACAUCUUCAGCUAUAGUUAAACCGGUCGUUACCGACAAGAAAGGCAAACGUCUCAACCUAGAUGAUUUGGAUGAUCCCAUUGAUAUGGCUGUUGACAUGUCACAGAUUUUUACUGCUACCCACACAUGGAUGGAACCAGAAAUUCUUGAGGAUGGAUCGUCUAUGGCGGUAGCAUUUGUGAAUGAGACAAACGAAGCCUUUUCUGUAGAGUUUAAAAUCAAAUCGUUCCUGGAGUGUCAACUUAAUGGUUUAUUUGGGUAUACCGGGUUACCAACUUAUCUAAGGAGAAAUAUUGCAGUAAAAACUAAAGGCGCAAGAAAAGUUUUACAGAAAGUGCCAGAUGAUUUGCCCGUGUCUUUCUCCGACUCUAUACUUCAAAUAACAGUUUAUAAUACAAAAUAUCCAACAGAUGGGUAUUUGGAUCCUUUAGUGUUGACAUUAAGUUGUCAAGAUGAUGUUGCAAGGCGAAAACGGAGAGAUUUAACUGCCAACAUGGGACACUUAUAUCGGGUUCAAAUUUUGAGUGUGGUUAACCUUGUUGGUGUGCUUUGGAAGAAAUCAACUGCAUCAAAGAUUGUUAAGGCAGAAGGGAAUGUAGCUGUUUUCAGAAGCACUUUUUUCGGAACGUUUGGGUCGGAUGCUCUGCUCUCGCCACCUACCCCAAUCAAUUUCCAAGAAAUAUUCCUCAACUUUCUGGAAAAAUUAGAAUCCACUCCGCAAGUGCUCGCUGCUGAGGUCUUCUUGAUAAUUUUUUUCAUUGUUAUUGUUAUACCGUUACGUAAAGCAGACCAAAAUGACAUUAUGCUGUGGGAGUACUUACCAGUACUUGAUAAUCAGCCUGAUGAUAAAUUUCAAUACUGUUUGUCAAUAUUUACUGCAAUAAAAUCAUCGAGACACCUGACGUGUACAGUUUACCUGAAAAUAACUGGAGAAAACGGAUCAACAAGUGAAAGAAUUGUUAAAACAAAUUCUAGAGAGGACUUUCAAAGUGGCACAUGUUGUAAUUUUCUUUUAACAACUGAAGAACAUCUGGGAAAAUUGGAAUCCUUAACAGUAUGGCAUGAUAACAAGGGGAAAAGUCCUGAUUGGAAAUUGUCAAAAGUUGUGGUUAUUGAUCUAUACACCAAAGAGCGUUUUCUGUUUCUAUGUGGAGAAUGGCUAUCCAUGAAAUACGACGGUGUAAAAACUUUUCGAACACUUGUCCCGAUAACACCGGAAAUGAUUAAUGGUGAAGUGGUUUUCACUGAAUUAAGUUUACGCGGUUUCUUUGAUGACCACCUUUGGAUUUCACUGUCAAAACGACCAAAUUAUAGUAGAUUUUCCAGGGUUCAAAGACUUUGGAGCUUGGUUGCCUUAUUGUUUUUGUCCAUGGUUGCAUCUGCUAUGUGGUAUAACUCUGAACCCACCGAAGAGGAGCAGUUAGCUAGUGGGAAUGCCCAACAGUCUGUCGAAUUGGGGCCUGUCAGAUUUAACUUAAAACAGAUUUAUGUUGGAUUAAUGUCGUCCUUGAUCACGGUUAUACCCUCUGUCAUAAUUAUUUCAUUGUUUCGUAAUAGAAGCUUAAAAAGUGAAAGUAAAACAACAAAAACAGAAAACAUGGUCUACAAAGAAAAGAAGCAUUAUCGGUGUAGACUGCCUUGGUGGACUAUAUUUAUUGCAUAUUUUAUUAUAUUCUCUGCCAUUGCUGCGGGUGGUUUCUUCACAUUCCUCUAUUCUCUGCAGUUCGGGUCGGAGAAGACGAAUGAUUGGCUAUUAUCAUUUGUGUUUGGAACAUUUGAGGGUGCGUUCAUGAUGGAACCACUUAAGGUUUUGCUCCUCGCAUCUAUACUUGGAUUGUGCUGCAAAAGUUCCACAGACACAUUUUUGGAGUGCGCUGGAGAAACUCACGUUCAUAAAGUAGCUUAUGUUGAUACAAUGCAACGACAAGAUUUGAUCUACUUUCCUUGCCCAAACACAGAACCUGAUAUAGAAAAACUGAACAAACAACGAAAAGUAAUUCAGCUGGAUAAAAAACUUAAAAGCUUUGGUUUAUCCUGGAUAAAGAGUACUUUGUAUAUUCUACUGCUCGCAAUUGUGUGUGCACACAAUACUAUAACAGAGGCCUUCAGACAGAACGAAUAUUUGAAAGGAUCGGUCAAAGAUACAUUUUUGGCAAACACCACAGAUGACAUAUAUGUUUGGAUAGAAACUUAUUUCAUUCCAAACGUGUGGCCAAAGUGGUACGAAAACCAGGCUCUGCGAACUGCAUACGAGCAAAGAUUUAUGUAUGAUCAAUACAGUUACAGGAUCUCGGAUUCCAUUUUGAGACAAGUCAGGUCAAGGAAUUGUUCUACGAUUGAGGAAAUGACAAAUGCAGUCCCACGAUGUAUCGAAGAUUAUAAGUAAGAAAAUGAAGACAGUGCACUUUAUUGUAAAGGAUGGAUACCACAAAUAUCCAGUAAUGAAAAUUGCUCUGAUGAAUAUGACCCCAUAGACAACAGCUUCGUUUACCGUACAGCAGAAGAAUUAAAGUCUAUGGUGUAUAUAGGAGAAUUAGCUGUCUACGGAGGUGGGGGUUACAUGAUAGAUUUAGGACCAAAGCAGUCGUUAGUGAAUCAGUACAUCAGUCAACUUCGUAACCUUUCGUGGAUAGACGGCUACACACGAGCGGUAUUCAUCGAAACCAACACCUUUAACGCGAACACUAGAUUGUUUACCCAUCUGAAAAUAGUGUUUGAAUUAUCUGAAUACGGUUCCAUUUAUAUGAAGUCUACCGCCGAAUCUUUGAAUUUGUAUCCUUAUGUCACAAGUAUGGAUUAUAUUGUGUUAGCUUGUCAGUUCAUUUUCAUGACAGUUGUAAUUGUACGACUUGUAUUCUUUGCUAUACAUGUUUUCAAAACAAGACAUACCUGCAUGGCAUCUUUCUCUUCUUGGUUAACAGUAAUCGACAUAAUAAUGUGUCUUAGCGCGAUAGUGUUUUAUAUUUUACGAAUAGAUUCAACAAUAAAAACGGUGGAUGAUAUCAUUGAAAAUAAAGGGUCAUACGUAUCCUUCGAGUAUGUCGAGAUGUACGAUUUGGUAUACAAAACAGCGUUUGGAAUGGUUUUCUUUUUUGGAGUUCUUGAAUUUCUUCAACCGCUGACGAUGAACUACCACUUCUUUAUCCUGCAAAAAUCCCUUUUAAGGGCCAGAUAUGAUCUUUUCAUGUCUAUAUUCUUAAUAUCACUGGCAAUAGUUUCAUUUGGAUCGUACCUUUAUCUCUCAUUGGGAAAACAUGCUGACAAUUUUAAGGAUUUAUACUCUUCUAUUAUUACACUUCUACGCAUGUUACUUGCAAUGAUUUCCUUUCGUUUAAAUUCCAGCUUGAACUCGACAGAAGGAAGGAUCGUUACAAGCCUGUUUUUCUUUACUAUAUCAAUAAUUGGGAUAAACCUGUUUAUAGCAAUUCUUUUCAGCCAUUUUGCCGACGUCCAGGCAAUGCAGAAAAAGCAUAAGUCAGAAACCAGAGAAUCCUACAUUAAUUCGCCAGAAUCUGAAAAGAAAACGGAUAAAAGUGAGGAUGUGUUUGAUUAUGAAUUGAAUCAACAUGUGUGGAGGCAAUUGGAUCGUAUCACUCAUAUCUUUCUAGAAAGACAAGUACAUGCAGAGUCAUUUCCUCAAUCUUUUCCGGAGGAUGUGCUGCAAAAGCUGGACAUUUUAGAUCAGCAUAUCAAGUUGAAAUGCCACGAUGAAUAUCGGUUUAUGAAGGUACUUGCUUGCAUGCUUUACAUGUACCUCACUAAAACUCUGCGAUGGAAUAUGAACAUGGCAUUAGAUGUCACUGCAGACUACAGCAAAAAAACUGGAAUGAGAUACAAAUUUUUCUGUGCCUUUUUAAAAAAUCCUCGACUCACAAUCUACUUCCCUGAUGUCAAUCUAUCUGAGGUACCCGAAAUACAGUGUUCUAGUCUAGCACACCGUUGUUACCCUCUGCCUUCCGAGAUAAAGGAACUCCUCGAGUCUGCUAAGACAAGGAUCUACGAAUUAAAGAUUCAAAAUGAUCGACCAUUUCAGCUGAAAGUUAAUGACAUCACAAAGAGAAAGACGAUUGUGGAGUUUGAAGACGAUUUCAUAACAGAUAAAGAUUAUCUUAUCUGUAGUUUUGACGAUAGGCAGUCGUGGUAUAGAUAUGCUCUUCGACCGAGAAAUGAGAAAUUAUCAUGCGUUCUUCCGAAACUUCCAACACACUGCUUUGUGACAGGAAGACAGGGGAAUACAAUUCUCAAAGAACAAACCUUGUCGUUUUUCCCGGACAUAGAAAUACAUCAGAUAAGAAAAGAAAGUUGUUCAAUCUAUAUGCAGGCGGACAAAAGAAUACGUAUGUCAUUUCCACCAGAAUGUGUCGAUGAUAAUUGUGAGCUCUAUUUAAUGAUGGACUUGCCCGAGAGACAGAUUUGUCCAUUCAUUCAUGUAUAUAUCACAAAGUCCACCGGUCGCCCCGUUGAAAUCAGUUUGCCAAUAGUUUAUGAAGGAUCCAAGAAUACAGAGAAUUUGAUUAUUACCAGGGAAGGAAACGGUGAAUGGAUGACCUUGAACUCUUUGUUGAAAUUAGAUGCUGCCGGAUAUACAUUUGAGACUUCCAUUAUUAAAUCAAACGUACCAACAGCAUUUGGAAUAAAAGAAGCUGUGUUGCCUUGGGUAUGUCGUUAAAUAUUUUCAUCUGAUUUUUUUUUUCGAAGCAUAAAUGUAAUAAAAAUGUAUACGAUCUAGUGAUUGGC